UCGCGAGACCGCGACAAACCCGUCUGGUUAUAUAUAUUGGGGUGUCAAAAUGUUUAACUGUCACACUUACGUGUGGGUCGUUUGGACAGUAUCCCGUGGAAAAUGUCACAGUAUUCUGGAAAGAUAGUGUUUUACGAGGGCCGCUGCUUCACCGGCAGAAGGCUGGAGGUGUAUGGCGACUGCGAUAACUUCCAGGACCGCGGCUUCAUGAACAGAGUGAACUCCAUCCGUGUGGAGAGCGGUGCCUGGGUCUGCUUCGAUCACCCCGACUUCAAGGGUCAACAGUACAUCCUGGAGCGCGGAGAAUACCCCGAAUUCCAGCGCUGGAACUCCCAUAAUGACCACAUGGGCUCCUGCAAGCCCAUCAAGAUGCACGGUGAGCACUACAGAAUGGAGUUGUUCGAGAGUUGUAACUUCACUGGUCAGUGUAUGGAGCUGUGCGACGACUGUCCAUUCCUGCAGAGCCGCGGAUUCAACCCAAACUGUGUCAACUCUGUCAGAGUCUUCGGUGAUGGAGCUUGGGUGAUGUAUGAGGAGCCAAACUUCCGUGGUCGCAUGUACAUAGUGGAGAGAGGAAACUACUGCAGCCAUAACGAGUGGCAGGCGCAGAACCCCAACAUCCAGUCCAUCCGCAGGGUCGUCAACUACUUCUAAACCCUCCAGCAACGCUUCAUUUCUAUCAUCCCUCAUCAAACUGUGACUCCCCGCUGCCCCUUUACCUUCUGAAUAUGUCAAAUAAACAUGAAAAACUGGAACCAACAGGACAGUAUUUUAUCAAACACAA